AUGGCCCGCUUCAGCAACGGAAUCUACUUCCUCUUUGCCGUCCUGGUCGUCCUGGCCGUCUUCGCCAACGCCCUGCCUGCCAAGGGCCCUUCUGACAUGGCCGCCGACAUGGGCCAGAUGGGCAGUGUCGCCGGUGUCCCAGGUCUGAGCGCUGUGAUGCCCAAGAAGCAGCAGCAGAAAGAGCCUGACAUUGACGAUGACUUUAUGGACGCCAUCGCCGACGCCUCUGCUUCCGCCAUGCCCACCCCCACUGCUCACCCUACCCCCGGCUUGGCUCCCACCCCGGCCUCGACGCCAAAGGCCUCGCCCACGCCCGCGAAGAACGACAACAACCCGCUCAGCAACAUCCCGGUCCUAGGAGGUCUCCUGGGCAAAGUCCCUCUGCUUGGCGGCAAAUAA